AUGGACGAUGAAAUUAGCUUAGCUAGCCUAGCCACCAGGAGCGGCUGCUUGCUUGUAGCCAUGGUUGCUGCUCGAUGCGCCGGCCAUGGCGGCGGCUGUUCUUCGCUCCGACGGCGGCUGCUCGCCGCCGUCGCGGUGCUGGCGGCGUUUGGGCUCGCGCCGUGUGCUGCUGCUGCUGCUGCUGCUGGUGGCGCCGCCGCCGACGAUGCUGUGGGUGCGGGCGCCGCCGCGGCGGCGGCGGGGAGAGGACAUCAUCGCCAUGUGGUGAUGCUGCGUGUGGAGGACGUGUUGGCGGCUGCCCCGUCGUCGUCGUGCGACAUGCCGGCAGAAUACGAACAUAGGUCGACGUCAUCAGGGACAAGGAUGACGGUCGUCCACCGGCACGGCCCGUGCUCGCCGCUGGCCGACGCGCACGACGGCAAGCCGCCGUCCCACGAGGAGAUCCUCGCCGCCGACCAGAACCGCGCCGAGUCGAUCCAGCACCGGGUAUCCACCACCACCGCCCGGGGCAAACCGAGGCGCAGCCGGGCGUCGCCGCCGCCACGCCGGCAGCAGCCACCGGUGGCCUCUGCUCCGGCUCCGGCCGCGUCGCUGUCGUCGUCGGCCGCGUCGCUCCCGGCGUCGUCGGGGCGCGCGCUGGGCACGGGCAACUACGUGGUGACCGUCGGCCUCGGCACGCCGGCGGCGCGGUACACGGUGGUGUUCGACACCGGCAGCGACACGACGUGGGUGCAAUGCCAGCCGUGCGUGGUGGUGUGCUACAAGCAGCGGGAGAAGCUGUUCGACCCGGCGAGGUCGUCGACCUACGCCAACAUCUCCUGCGCCGCCGCCGCCUGCUCCGACCUCGACACCAGGGGGUGUUCCGGCGGCCACUGCCUCUACGGCGUCCAGUACGGCGACGGCUCCUACACCAUCGGCUUCUUCGCCAUGGACACCCUCACCCUCUCCUCCCACGACGCCAUCAAGGGGUUCCGGUUCGGAUGCGGCGAGAGGAACGAGGGGCUGUUCGGGGAGGCGGCGGGGCUUCUCGGCCUCGGCCGCGGGAAGACGUCGCUGCCGGUGCAGACCUACGACAAGUACGGCGGCGUGUUCGCGCACUGCUUCCCGGCGAGGUCGAGCGGGACGGGGUACCUGGAAUUCGGGCCGGGGAGCUCGCCGGCGGUGAGCGCGAAGCUGUCGACGACGCCGAUGCUGAUCGACACCGGGCCGACGUUCUACUACGUCGGCAUGACGGGCAUCCGCGUCGGCGGGAAGCUGCUGCCCAUCCCGCAGUCGGUGUUCGCCGCCGCCGGCACGAUCGUCGACUCCGGCACGGUGAUCACCCGCCUCCCGCCGGCGGCCUACUCCUCCCUCCGCUCGGCCUUCGCCGCGUCCAUGGCGGCGCGCGGGUACAAGAGGGCGCCGGCGCUGUCCCUCCUCGACACCUGCUACGACCUCACCGGGGCGAGCGAGGUGGCGAUCCCGACGGUGUCGCUGCUGUUCCAGGGCGGCGUGUCGCUGGACGUCGACGCGUCCGGGAUCAUCUACGCGGCGAGCGUGUCGCAGGCCUGCCUCGGGUUCGCCGGCAACGAGGCGGCCGACGACGUCGCCAUCGUCGGGAACACGCAGCUCAAGACGUUCGGCGUCGUGUACGACAUCGCCAGCAAGGUGGUCGGCUUCUGCCCCGGGGCCUGCUGAUUAAAAUGCUACACGUACGCACGAGUCAAUCGGUCGCUAGCUUAGCAGUCUGCAAAGAAUGCUGCACACGCCAAAAGUGGUCAAAGUGAUCUGGUUACUUAAUCAUACUAUUAUAUAAAGUCAAAUACGCAAUAUUAUUCUCACAUGGUUAUGAUUUGCUCCAAGACUUGUGUCCUGAUGAAUUCCA